AUGAGCGCGGCAGAGCUGACGGCCGGGCAGCGGCCCCCCAGCUCGGAGACCCUGGGCUCCUGGGGCACAACGCGCCUGCGCCCGCGCCUGCACGCGGUCCUCCAGCACAGCACGCAGCUCGGGCUCAGCGAAGCGCAGAAGCGGGUACAGGACCUGGAGAAGAGCCUGCAGUUCUUGCAGCAGCAGCACUCGGAGACACUGGUCAAGCUCCACGAGGAGAUUGAGUACCUGAAGCGGGAGAACAAGGAUCUCCAUUAUAAGCUAAUAAUGAAUCAAAAACCACAGAAAAAAGGUAGCACCUCCAAUUCCAGCUUUCAGUUCACCAAGGUCAUUUCUAAUUCAUUGGUGUCAGUCAACUAUCAAGGCAAGGCCAGGCCUCAGCCCAGCUCCAAGAAGCAAGACUUGAAAGCUGACAUUCCCCAGAAGAUGGACGUGGAAGAGAAGCCCCUGGUUGCUGCCUUGCUUCACAGCAGCAAGCCGGACAAAGCCCCUGGGGCACAGAAGCUGGCCAAAGAUGAAGAAGUGGAGGUCUUCAGUCCAGAGACCACCUCGGUGGCGGGCAGCCAGCACAAGAGCAAGCAGGUGAUGGGGGCGCCCUGCCUGAUGAACCUGCCCCCCCACUUGCGCAAACCCACCUCUCUUCAGCAGUGUGAGGUGGUCAUCCGCCAGUUGUGGAAUGCCAACCUGCUGCAGGCCCAAGAGCUGCAGCAUCUCAAGUCUCUCCUGGAAGGGACCCAGAGGUCGUCCAAGGCUGCCCCCAAGGAGGCUGGCCCGAAUUCUCCUAAGGACCAAGAUGCCAUACAGCUCCCCAAGGUCCCCACCAAGGGUGUCUCUAAGAAAUGCCUGAUCCUGAGCCCGGUGCCUGUGGCGGAGCGUGCCAUCCUGCCUGCACUGAAGCAGACCCUGAAGAGUAACUUUGCAGUGCGGCAGAAAAGGCUGCAGGUGGUGCAGAGCCGGAGGCUGCACCGCUCUGUGCUCUGAGCAGUCCUCACAGUCGUCCGCAGCCAGGCCCAGACCACCGCUGGGGAUACUAACCCUCUCCAGGUAGUUCAAAAGAAUUCUACUUCCACAUAAACACAACUCACAGCAGAUAAAGUCCUUGGUCUCAGAACUGAGAAACUGUUUAUUUUCUUGCUCAGUAUUUUGCUAUUCUGCAUU